UUGCUUUGAAAGGUCAACACCAUAGUUGUUUCUCUCACUCUACUUCAAAAUGCGUGUUCAAACCCUUCUUACUGCUGUCGCCGCUUGCGCUUCGUUGGCUGACGCCGCGCCGGUUGCCACUGAGGCGUAUGGUCCUCCUUUAAACCCUCACAUCCCGGCCGUUGAGUCCAAACGAGAAAACACGGUUGAAGCCUAUGGUCCUCCCGUUAACCCUCACAUCAUCUCGAAGAAGGAUGCCGUCGAGGCUUACGGUCCUCCCACCAAUCCUCACAUCAUCUCAAAGAAGGACACUGUUGUCGAAGCUUACGGUCCUCCUCUGAACCCGCAUAUCCCCGCCGUUGAUACCAAGAGAGACGCGGUCGAGGCUUACGGUCCUCCCACGAACCCUCACAUCAUCUCCAAAAAGGACACUGUUGUUGAUGCAUAUGGUCCUCCGACAAACCCGCAUAUCAUUUCGAAGGAGUAGAGAAGUCGAAGAAAAGUUUCGUACCAAAGGAACAGCAAAGCAACGGUUGAUGGCCGCAAGAGGCGAGGAAUUGUGGGAUUAAUUAGAUGGCCAGCGGAAACGGACGUAUUCAACUACAUGGGAGAAGACACAGAAGUACCAAUUAAGACAAUAUAUUAGCAAACAAAACGUUUUAACUCAAGCUUACUAUGGAGCCAAAGGCUGUAAAAGAUGCAAAGGGGAGAGAGAGGUGCGCGAUGUUAAGACCCUUUCUGACUUUAUUUUACUUCAUGAUGGCACGAUAGCUGCUGCAAAAGCGAAAGACUUCCGAAACCGAGAAUCGAACUCGGGGCUAUGCCUAAUCUCUCGAGGAGAUGAGAGGGCAUCAUGUUG